GCGCCUCCCCGCCUCUGCGCGGUGACGCUGCUGCCGGGCGCGGGGACCGCGCCGAGCCCAGGCCCCCCGGAGCCGGGCUCUCCGCUCGGCCGAGGGGCGCCUGAGCCGCCCCGGCGCUCGCCUGGAAAAGUUUCCCCGCCCGGGCUCCCUAGGAGCCGGCAGCCUGCCUCCUUCCUGCACAGCCCUGCCCGUCUCGGCCCCAUGCCCCCACCAGUCAGCCCCGGGCCACAGGCAGUGAGCAGGUACGCCGGAGCCCAGGCCCUGUGACCAGGCCAAGGAGACGGGGGCUCCGGGGUCCCGGCCACCUGUCCCCCCCAUGGAGCUGAGGCCCUGGUUGUUCUGGGUGGUAGCAAUAGCGGGAGCCUUGGUUCUGCUGGUGGCCGAUGCCCGCGGAGAGAAGGUCUUCACCAACACCUGGGCCGUGCACAUUCCUGGAGGCCCAGCCGUCGCUGACCGCGUGGCGCGCAAGCAUGGCUUCCUCAACCUGGGCCAGAUCUUCGGUGACUAUUACCACUUCUGGCAUCGGGCGGUGACAAAGCGGUCCCUGUCUCCUCACCUCUCGCGGCACAACCGGCUGCAGCGGGAACCUCAAGUUAAGUGGCUGGAGCAGCAGGUGGCAAAGCGACGGGCCAAACGGGACAUAUACCAGGAGCCCACGGACCCCAAGUUUCCCCAGCAGUGGUACCUGUCUGGUGUCACCCAGCGGGACCUGAAUGUGAAGGAGGCCUGGGCCCAGGGCUACACGGGGCGCGGCAUUGUGGUCUCCAUCCUGGAUGACGGCAUCGAGAAGAACCACCCCGACUUGGCAGGCAAUUAUGAUCCUGGGGCCAGCUUCGAUGUCAAUGAUCAGGACCCUGACCCCCAGCCCCGGUACACGCAGAUGAAUGACAACAGGCAUGGCACACGGUGUGCAGGAGAGGUGGCUGCGGUGGCCAACAAUGGUGUCUGUGGUGUAGGCGUGGCCUACAAUGCCCGCAUUGGAGGGGUGCGCAUGCUGGACGGCGAAGUGACAGACGCCGUGGAGGCACGCUCGCUGGGCCUGAACCCCAACCACAUCCACAUCUACAGUGCCAGCUGGGGCCCCGAGGACGACGGCAAGACCGUGGAUGGGCCAGCCCACCUGGCUGAGGAGGCCUUCUUCCGGGGGGUCAGCCAGGGCCGUGGGGGUCUGGGCUCCAUCUUUGUCUGGGCCUCGGGGAACGGGGGCCGGGAACAUGACAGCUGCAAUUGCGACGGCUACACCAACAGCAUCUACACGCUGUCCAUCAGUAGCGCCACGCAGUUCGGCAACGUUCCCUGGUACAGUGAGGCCUGCUCGUCCACACUGGCCACCACCUACAGCAGUGGCAACCAGAACGAGAAGCAGAUCGUGACCACUGACCUGCGGCAGAAGUGUACAGAGUCUCACACGGGCACCUCUGCUUCUGCCCCCCUGGCAGCAGGCAUCAUUGCUCUCACCCUGGAGGCCAAUAAGAACCUCACCUGGCGGGACAUGCAGCACUUGGUGGUCCGGACCUCAAAGCCAGCCCACCUCAACGCCAACGACUGGGCCACCAACGGUGUGGGCCGCAAAGUGAGCCAUUCGUACGGCUAUGGGCUGUUGGACGCCGGCGCCAUGGUGGCUCUGGCCCAGAAUUGGACGACAGUGGCCCCUCAGCGGAAAUGCAUCAUCGACAUCCUCACUGAGCCCAAGGACAUCGGGAAGCGGCUGGAGGUGCGGAAGACUGUGACCGCCUGCCUGGGGCAGCCCAGCCACAUCACGCGGCUGGAGCAUGCUCAGGCGCGGCUCACCCUGUCCUACAACCGCCGCGGUGACCUUGCCAUCCACCUGGUCAGCCCCAUGGGCACCCGCUCCACCCUGCUGGCCGCCAGGCCACAUGACUACUCUGCAGAUGGGUUUAACGACUGGGCCUUCAUGACGACCCAUUCCUGGGACGAGGAUCCCUCUGGCGAGUGGGUCUUAGAGAUUGAAAACACCAGUGAAGCCAAAAACUAUGGGACGCUGACCAAGUUCACCCUCGUGCUUUAUGGCACGGCCCCUGAGGGUUUGCCCACACCCCCCGAGAGCAUCGGCUGUAAGACCCUCACUUCCAGCCAGGCCUGUGUGGUGUGCGAGGAAGGCUUCUCACUGCACCAGAAGAACUGCGUCCAGCACUGUCCCCCAGGCUUCGCUCCCCAAGUCCUGGACACACACUACAGCACAGAGAACGACGUGGAGAUCAUCCGGGCCAGCGUCUGCACGCCCUGCCACACCUCGUGUGCCACGUGCCAGGGCCCCGCCCCCACAGACUGCCUCAGCUGCCCCAGCCACGCCUCCCUGGACCUCGUGGAGCGGACGUGCUCGCGCCAGAGCCAGAGCAGCCGCGAGUCGCACCAGCAGCAGCCGCCACCGCCGCCGCCCGUGGAGGUGGCGUCGGAGCCGCGGCUGCGGGCGGACCUGCUGCCCUCGCACCUGCCCGAGGUGGUGGCUGGCCUCAGCUGCGCCUUCAUUGUGCUGGUCUUCGUCACCGUCUUCCUGGUCCUGCAGCUGCGCUCGGGCUUCAGCUUCCGAGGGGUGAAAGUGUACACCAUGGACCGUGGCCUCAUCUCCUACAAGGGGCUACCCCCUGAAGCCUGGCAGGAGGAGUGCCCGUCCGACUCGGAGGAGGACGAGGGCCGGGGCGAGAGGACCGCCUUUAUCAAAGACCAGAGCGCCCUUUGAUGAGCGCCUACUGCCCGCCCCUUUGAGCCCAUCCCCUCCUUGGGCACUUUUUAAUUCACCAAAGUAUUUUUUUAUCUUGGGACUGGGUUUGGACCCCAGCCGGGAGGCAAGAGGGGCAGAAACGGCUUCCCACCCUACCCUUGGGCCCCCUGGCGGCCUGAGGUGGGACCCCAGGGCCAGCUGGGGGUGGGGGGAUUGGGGGAGAGCCUGUGCCCACCCGCAGCAGCCCUCCAUGUGGAGAAAGGAAUGAAACCUUUGGGCAGCUUUCCAAGGUCCAGGCCCCAGCCAGAGCGCUCGGUGAAGAGGGGCGGCCCUCCCGGGAUUCCUGACCGGAGCUGCGGCCCCUGCCUCUCCCCGUCCCUCUAAAGCAAUAAUGGGCCCCAUCCAGGCAGCAGGAGACUGGCGUAGGGGGUAUCGGAAGGAGGCGGCCUCCUCUCUAAGGGCUUCUGCGUCCAGACCCUGUUUUGCAUUUCUGGUGAGCCUCAGGCAAAAGCAGUGAGCGAAGGAAGGGACCAAGGCAGGGCAGGCACUUCCGGGCAUGCACAUGUGUGCCCACGUGCAUUCGGCUCUUUGCCCACCUCCACUACAGCGGCCGGGCUGCCUGCCUAGCGAGGCUGGCCCGGCCCCAGGCUGGUGUGCUGACCACCCUCCCCUCUCCAGCACUCUCCCCUCCUGCCAGGGCCCAAGUCCCUGUUUUCUGAGCCCGGGGCUUUCUGGGCUGUUGGCACUCACAGCCCUGGAGCCCCUGGGUGGGUGGUGGGGAGGGACGGUGGCCCAGCCGGCCUCUCCCGCCUCCCACCCGAUGCUGCUUUCCCCUGUGGGGAUCUCAGGGGCUGUUUGAGGAUAUAUUUUCACUUUGUGAUUAUUUCACUUUAGAUGCUGAUUUUUUUUUUUUUUUUUGUAUUUUUAACGGUGGUAGCAGCAGCUGGACCAUCCACCCUCCCACACCCACUGUCCACCCUGCUGUUGCCCUCAGCUGUCCUGGGCCUGAGGUGUGGGGGGUGGGCUGCAGCUGAGCCCUGGAUACUGAUGAGGCAUGCCAGGCCAAGUGGGCCCUAGGGAAGGUGGAAGGGGCAGGCUGUCGUCCAUUUGAGAUGGGGCUCGUCGUGCCAAGGGCUCAUGGGUCACUGGUUCUCCAAGUGCCAGGGGUGGGCAGGCAGUGGCACCGAGCCCCCUCCAACACUGUGCCCUGGUGGAGAAAGCACUGACCUGUCCUGCCCCCCAUGUCUCCCUCUUCUGACGUGCCUUUUGCACCCCUCCCAUUAGGACAAUCAGUCCCCUCCCAUUUGGGAGUUCCCUUUUCUUUCUUUCUCUCCCUCAGCCCCUUCUGGCACCCAGCCACCUGCCCAGAGGUGCCCCCUCCUCUUCCCAGACCACCCCCACUCCCGUGGCCAGCCCAGCUGGUUUUGUAAGAUACUGGGUUGGUGCACAGUGAUUAUUUUUUUCCUUGUAACUUAAACAGGCCCAGCAUUGUUGGCUCUAUUUAAUGGACACGAGAUAAUGUUAGAAGAUUUAAAGUGAUUAAACGUGCAGACUAUGCAAGCCAA